UCUCGAAGGUGUCGGCUAAUUCUUCUGGAGAGCUAUUGUGCGAAGUACAAGCGGCGAGCUUCCUUUCUCGCAUGAAACGCGAAGCACGGGUCGGAACCUAAGCAACAGUGGAGCCGCGGUCGCCUAGGUGAUUUGAGAUUCUUUCUUCAUGGUAUUGGCAUGUUUUAAGCAGACAAAGAUCUUACACCUGUUGGCAUGCAGAGAAUGGAGGGGCCUUUGACCACAUAGAAUAAAAUCACAGAAUAGAAUCAAGUUAUGGGGAAGCAUCCAUUGAUGUCUGAUUCAAAGGCAAGUUCUCGCACCACUGCUAAUAAGAAUUCCAAACGGAAUCUCCCUCCAUGGAUGGGUUCAAGAGAGCAUGGGAGUAAAUCCCAUGGAAAUGAGCCAGCAGAUGGUGGUGUACAAAAGGAAAAUAAUGAAGCCAAAAAAUCUGAGCACACUAAAGAGAGUGGCAACCUUGGUUGUGGCAUUACUCCUCCCAAGGAAAUUAAAAGCAACAAAAACUCUUCUCCAUCAAGUUUGGGCGCAGCAAGCUUCUCCAAACUUCUGGAAGGGGUUGUAUUUGUUCUUUCAGGAUUUGUAAAUCCUGAGCGGAGCAUGUUACGAUCUCAGGCCCUGGAAAUGGGAGCAGAAUAUCAACCAGAUUGGAAUGAUAAUUGCACUCUCUUGAUUUGUGCAUUCCCUAACACCCCAAAGUUUCGACAAGUUGAGGCAGACUAUGGAACCAUUGUUUCUAAGGAGUGGAUAUCAGAGUGUUACAACCAGAAAAAGCUUGUUGACAUUGAAAUAUACCUUAUGCAUGCUGGGAAACCAUGGAAGAGGCAAAACAUUUCCCCUGAAGCAAGCCAAGAACUGGAAUCUUCUGUGUCUAGGAGAACUCAAAGGCAAACAGAUAGAAGAUCGCAUGCAAAACCAACUGCUCCUGUUUCUACCAAGAGUGGAUCUGUCAUUCCUGCUAAAGAGUGUUUCUCUGCUUCUAAAGUGAAGACGUGGGCUAUUGAUGAUUUAAAUAAAACCAUCUCAUGGCUAGAGAGCCAAGAUGAAAAGCCAGAGGACAGUGAAAUAAGAAAAAUAGCAGCAGAAGGAAUCCUAGUUUGUUUACAAGAUGCCAUAGAUUUGCUAAAGCAGAACCAGGAUCUCGGACAACUGACUGAGCAAUGGCAAUGCAUCCCUCGGGUAGUUGAGGAGCUGGCAAGGCUUGAAGGCGCUGCAAAUGGUUCAGCCGCCCCCUCUAAGAAAGACCUUUGCAGGGAAGCAAUGACCUGCAAGCAAAUUUAUGAGGCUGAGUUUAACCGUCUAGACGAUGAAUCAUUCGUGGAGAAGAAAAGGGCCAGAACCAAAGAGACCAAGGAUGACAAUAAGAAGAACAGAGUUGAUCCAGGUGAUGCACCCGCCUACGACAGUGACGAAACAAUCGGGAUGACAGAAGAAGAAAUAGACCUUGCUUACAAUACUGUGGCUCCUGAGCUCAGUAGACAUGGAGUGGAUCUGUGCAAGAGAUGAGAUGGAUGCUGUUUUAACUUCACUGAUAUAGCUAAUGAAGUCAACUCUCUCCUUUCUUUGUUACCCGCUUGACAUUCACUAAAUUUUCGUUCUGUACAGCCACUGCUUGACAAAAUUAGAAUUAUUUUUCUGUUUCAGAAUUUGCUCCCUUUGUGGAGCUUUCUAAUUUUCCCCUCUUUUUCUC